AUGGCCUCAAACCCCGGGGAAGAGAAUGUUGCUACGCUCUAUGGUGAUAUCCACUACUUUUAUGGGCCCCCAACACAGAGUCCCCGGCAUCACCGGUUUGACAAAGGGUCUUAUGUCUAUUUAUUUGAGAGCGCCGCUGAGAAACGGGCGCGCAUCGAGAUCGCCAAUAAUGUAGGAACGGAUGAUCAAGACGCCUUUGAAGGAUAUUUAGAUAUGGCUCGGCUGCGAUACUCGUAUAAGCAGCACUGUGUAGUUUCAUUGACCGUCGAUGCCGAAGCGAACGACCCCAGCGAAUGGCACCUCGCCACAUACGACCCUCACAACGAGAACAAGUAUCACUACAAGCUUCACUCUCUGGACAUCUACUUCUGGACGCAGCGAGAUGCUUUGCAGUUUGUGAAUGGUAUCCGAAGGGCUCCCGCCGGGGCAGUCCAUCAACAAAUGUACCGACCUGAAGAAGGUGAGCCGGUGCCCAAGUUCGCGGCCGGGAAAUCAAAGCUAGAGGAGCAGACCGGUCGUCUCGAGCGCGGAGUUGGCGGGAUGUUCAAGAAGUUUGAAAAGAGGUUUGGCUACCACGAAAAUAGUGAUUAUUGUAUUGCUCGGGAUCGCUGGGGCAGUAUUAGUGAUAGCACGCGAGGGGAAAGAGAUGGUGUUGACGUUGUUGUGGAACUCCCGACGGAGGAGGAUCUCGAGGCACUCCGUGACAACGAGAUGGAGGCGAUGUACCACAUCCGGCAGGCGAGAAGACUAGAGAUUGAGGAGAGGGAGGAGCGCCGAAGGCUACGUCGCGAAGCCCGGAGGCGAAACGAUGUAGUCGCUCUAGAGGUUCUUCGAGCUCGUGGACGUGCUGCCAGCAACAACUCCGUUGUCGACGUUCUCCGCCAAGAUCAUGAGAGAAUACGCGACGAGCGCCAACGCACCGUCUCUAGUGUAUCAUAUGCAGAUUUAGGUGUCGCUCGUCACGAUGGCACAAGAAUAAGAGCCAACAGCACCGAGAGUGAGAGGGUCGGGCUCCUAUCUGACGCUGCAAGCAUUGCAGGCGAGCUCACAAACCGGGCUACGAGGAUGUCUCACUGGACACCCGCUCCGGCGGCACAACGCCGGUCGCAGAGUCCCCGCCCGGUUAUCCGGGUCACCUACCCCGCCCUCCGCCCAUUACCUCUCAGUCUGAAAAUCGAGUACAAGACGCUGCUUCUCGUGAGGGCGAACGAAGCGAUAGACGUAAUUCUCGUCGUGGUGUGGAUGGAGCACCACAACUACCAAGCCUUCGGCUAA